CCCCCCCACCCCUUCCCCAGCGUCCUGCUGCACUGGGGCUGUGCAGUGGCUCAAAUGCUGCACGGAGGAGGCAAUUAGGGAGCUCUGCGGCAGUGCUGGUGCCCCUGUGGCCUUGGCCACAGAUGCUCCAGCUCUGCAAGGUCACCUCCUCGCUGCUCAUCAGCAACGCCAGGGCAGCCUGCAACGAGGACCUGCUCACGCAAGAGGGAGUCACCUUCUGCGUUAAUGUCACCAGGCAGCAGCCCUUCCCUGGCCUCCAGCAGGUGCGGGGCAUACGCGUGCCUGUGUUCGAUGAUCCGGCUGAAGACCUGUACCGGUAUUUUGAGCAGUGCGGUGAUGCUAUAGAAGAGGCUGUGAAGAGCGGUGGGAAGUGCUUAGUUUACUGUAAAAAUGGCCGCAGCCGAUCAGCUGCCAUUUGCACUGCUUAUCUGAUGAAACACAGAAAGCUCCCGCUCAAGGAUGCCUUUGAGACUGUGAGGACUGCCAGACCAGUAGCACAACCCAAUGCAGGAUUUUGGUCUCAGCUGCAGAAGUAUGAAGAAGAUUUGCAGAUACCAAAGCAGUCUGAUCUGCUGAGCAAAGGACUUAACUCUCUUUAAAACAUCUUCACGCAUUGCUAUUUUUAAGUGGCUUGCUACAGAUUUAAAAAUGAAAUAAUCACUUCAUAUAUCAUCUAUACAUAAAAUGCCUUACUCCCCAAGCUGAGUUGAUGGUUCGUCUAAUCCAUUCAGAGCGUCACCGUUGAAGGUGCAUGGGAAAGGGGCAGAUAAGCAGGGAGAAACAGCAGAAACAGAAAAUGGUUGGAAGGACUGUAAACAAACAAAGGCAUGAUAUCUUCAGCAUUUAUUUUCCCCUGAAUGGCCCUGAAUAUGAUAACAACGUAUUGAACGAAUUAAUAAGUUACUACAUAGGGAUUUUACUCUUGGUUUUUAAUUAAACUUCCCAGUGACAUCACUAGAAGACCUGAUGCCAGACCAAGGAAGUUCUGAAUGUCUAUCUCACUUACUGGGUCAUAAUUCAUGUUCAUGAGCUGACACAACCUUUGGUGGGAAACUAACUCUGGAACUGCUUAGUCUCUGCCUGAGUUCUGCAUUUUCCUUACAUUCAACAAUAACAAAAUACCUAAAAAUCCAGAGGACAGAAUAUACAGAUGAUGGUAAGGAGUUCAGCUUCCACCAUGCAAGUUAAGUGCCUUUUCAGCUUUUGAAAUCAGUCUCCAAAAUACCAAAGGAAUGAUUUUAAAAACAAUAGUUGAUAGUGGAGGGAAGAAGAUGACACUGGCAAUCUAAAAGUAAUCCUAACUCCUUUUAGCUUUACUUACUAAGCCUAACAAGAUCUAUCAGUGCCCAAUUCAUGCCUUGAUGUGUCAGUUUACAAGUCAGCUGUAUCUGCAUGCAAGAAACAUGGCUAAAUCAUUUCUGCUAAGACUGCUUGCCCUGUGAAAUUAUCUAUUGGGAUAUCAAGGAAGCUGCAGGAACCAUCUAAAUCAGGCUACAAUUAUGUUUAUCAUUAGACAUUAAAAGCAGAGAGAAACACCAAGGUAUUUUGUCAAACUGUAUUAAUACAUUUGUAAUUUAAAAGGGAUGAGUUAUAAAACCUGUGAACCUGCCGUGUGAAAUUCCAUUCCACGUUGCUCAAAGCAUCAAUACAAAGUAAAGUUAGCUCAUCGUCAUCUAAGUGCUUACACAAGGCAAACAUAUGUUCCCAGCAGUGGAGUAGUUUAAGGCAGAAAUUGUAAUGAUGGAACAAUGACAGAGAAUAAAGCUACUGGGGAAAUACAUGAAUUAGACAAUUCAGAUGCAGCAGAAGUUCCAAAAGUUAAAGAUUGCUCAAAGUUAAAAUGGGAUUAUUUUAAAAGCUGAAAACAUAGCAAUAAAAAUAAAAAAAAACAAGUCUA